AUGUCUACCACACCCGACGAAGAAUACAAAUUUUUAACGUCACCAAGCCCGCGAUCGAGGCGGCAGCCGACUAUCACGUUAUCGCCGAUACCUCAAACUUCUCCUCCUCCUAAAGAAAUCGAGGAUGCAUAUCGGCGAAUUGAUGAAGAUGAUGCUCUAGCCGAUCUUGUGCGCGACUAUGACUGGGAGCUGCAGUACAGCGCACGCUCCGGAAGCCGAAGUCGCCUCCCGUCCUAUCGAGCAAGGGACACAAACAACGGCAGUGGAUCUGCCAAUGAGCACACCUUCUCUGACACUGGUUUUUCGGAUGAACUCGAAGAUCAUAGAGCUCGCAAGAGCAGGGACUAUGCCAAGGAUGAAGAGCGCCUAAAGCGUGUCACGGGCCAACGCUCGCCGGUCUUCAGCAGGGCUCAGGUCGGACGGGAUGCCUUAACGGCAGAUAACUUGAGAAGACGAAUGGAAGCUCAGAUUGAGGUAGAUCAUCCUGUGCGAGAGGCUGACAGGAAUGCUGUUCCCUCGCCGAAUAUACCUACUGGCUGGGGUCAUCGGGCAGGUCACCGACAAGAGUGGGAGAGAAAGCCUAACCAGCCAAGUGUUUCCGAAGAAGAAGUGGAAAAUGUGCAUCGACGCUGGUCGCCAGCUACACAAGAAAUCCAAUCCCCCAAGCCUAUGCGUACUUCUCCUCGCUCUCUGGUGCGAAGCACACUUUCUGCUAGAAGCGCCCUCGAAGAACGCACCGCCAAUCCGCACAUGCAGCCAACGCAGAAGGAUUUUGAGGAAGCGCAGUCUGGUCCAAAGGAGACCUCACCCACUAGUGGCGGCGAGCAAAUCCCCAAUUCGCCCAUCAUAGUGUACAAAAACUCGUCGUUCGCGAGGCCCAGCCCCAGCAAGCGUGACUCUCGGGACCUCCUACGAAAACUUUCCAGGACUGAAAAUUCCAAGGUUGAUCAUGUCCAAACUCCCGAGCCACUCAAAAUGGUUGAAAGCAAAAUAUACGACAAGACCCCUCGGGUAACUGGCGCGUGGAUUGAUACUCCUAUGACCCAGCGGGUGACCGAGAAGAUCGAGCUUCCCGAAGACCUGACCAAAGACAACUUAUCUCAGCGCACAACGAAUGAGUCCAAAGAUACUGCACCUACUUCAAAACUAACGGAUGUCAAAUCGAAAGCCGAGGAACCAAAGCCGGCGCAGAUUACCGAGAAAGAGUCUCUUCCUGAACCGCUUAAUGAGAAAGAGUUAAGGCCCCCGUUGCAGCGACCUCAUCUACCCAAAAGUGCUUUGGAGGCGGUCAUUGAGGAUGCCAGCUCUGGCAAAGACGUCGAGUUCGGAGAUGAUACCAUCGAGUCCUUGCAGGCAUUAAUGGACGCUGGGCUGGGCGAAACCAGAAUUGAAGAAGAUGAGGUAGCAUACGAAAAAGCCGUCCUCGCCGAGCUCCAAAAUGCUAAUUUAAAAGGAAGUGACGUGGUUGACUUGGAUUCAUUGAACGUUAAGCUCAACUCUCUAAUGAGACAUAUCGACGAAGUCAAGAAAGGACUUGACGGCCUAGAAGGCCACGUUGCUCAAGACACCGCAAUUGUAUCGCAAACAAGCUCCUUGACCAAAAAUAACUCGCGGUCAUCACACUUUCACACAGGCGAAUCAUGCAAAGGCUGUGGCACACACUCUAAUGGGCGAGUCUACGCCGCGAUACCUCUUCCUCGGCUGUGGAGGCGGGGGCCGCGAUCCCAACGUCUUCGGCCGACCAAGAUCGGCUGGUUUAUAAUCAUCUCACUUUCUUGGUACAUCACCGAAUGCCUUAUGUGGGACCAAUAUAGCCAUCCCGAGAUAUCCGAAAGCUGCGAAGGCUAUUGCCUGCAGCCCGAUGCACCUCUAUACCCCUGGGUAACUGUCACAAUGUUAUGGCGGUGGUCACAUCUGUCGACUAUUUUCACGCCCAUUUUCGCUAUCUGUGUAGCUUUGUCUCGACUCGUGGCGCAGUUGAUGGGUAUUUCGGAUGGCUACGUGGAUGAUGCGCCGGAACUUGGAAGUAUGAUUGGUGAAAUCCGCAUCAACGGAACGCCAGUUGCGCUCCCUUGGCUCUCAGCCCCCACAGCUGAAAAUGUUGUGCCUCAACCACAGCAGGCUCACUACACACAGCAGCCCGUGCAACCAGUGCAACCAGUGCAGCCUGUAUGGUCAGCUCGGAACCCACCCCCGCAGAGAUGGGACGGUAAUCAGCUCUCGGGGGAGGAUGCAAUGGACGGCGACGAAUAUCUUUAG